GAGCGCAGAUGCUUAAUUGAGCUUAUUGCGGUAAAGCCCUAAGCGAUCCGCCCCCGCCACUUACACUAACUAUUGACGCCUCCAAUUGCCUGAUCUUCGUAUUCCAGCCUCGCCAGCUGAAACCGACUUAUUCAAAGGCUCGCAGUGUUACACAGAUGGGUGACAUCGCGUGCAUGCAGUGUUUGGGACCCCAUUUCUAAACAUGAGUUUCAAAUAACCAUUUUCCUAAUCCAGGAGAUCCAUCAAAGGCAGUAUGAAAAGACAUCCACUAUAUCCCUCGUCAUUUGACGAGAAUGCAAUAUGGAGGCAGACAUAUGGAUUUUAUAAAUCCGGCUAUAGCACCAGCUGAUUCAAGUCUCCAACAACCAUCAAUUCCUGGAAACAAUCUCCCUAAACACCUACCUUCAAUCACUUCCCCAGCUACAUCGUUCAUCAUGUUGGCUACAGCUUUCUUAAUCUUCGCCACUGCUCUCACUGCGAAUGCCAAACUUGGCAUCAACUGCCGCGGUUCCGCAAAGUGCAGUGCCCUCUGGGGUCCCACUGAUGCUGCCCAGCAACUCACCAAUGUCAUCCAAAAGAUCGAUACUAACAGAUGGCAAGUCCCAAACCGUCUAUCAAUUGCCUCAAAGCAUCCCUGACUCGUUGUCGUAAAUAGGUAUAUGAAUGGAGAACACAUCGCCUGUGUCGGCAACCAGCUCGGUAAUGGUGGUGGCUACUGUGCCUUCCUGCAAAAGACUGGGGGAACGAAUGGUGGUGUGAUCAAGAGUCUGGCUCAUUAUAUC